AUGGCACAUCUUCAGCAGAUUCAGUUCGCCGAGACGAUUCGCUCUAUGAAGCGCGCCUUCAAGCGUCGCGCCGAUGAUGGAUACAGCGACCAAUAUACUUCCGCGCAUACUAACCGCGGCAACAAACUACAGCGCGAUGCGAAGCGCAUUCAACGAGAUCGCCUCGGAGAGGUUGAUGCGUUGUCAUACCGCAAGAUGAUCGACCACGCCGGCUACACUCGACCGAUUAUUGCCAUAAACCCGCCCUACAUUGACGACGACGGGGAUGUCUACUCUGAUGCGUCGUCCGACCGCGAAGAUCUCCAACCUCUCGAGGAUAACCCGUUUGGCGAUAUUCAACUGCACACCAUUCUGCGACCACUGACUGCUGCCUCGGAACUGCCACAUCACCCAACACUGCGUUUACCCUUCGAAAGCAGGGCAUUGACACAAAUGACGGAAGAAGCCGAAGAGAUGCUCAGGCGGGAGCGAGCGAACUUGUGGAAGGCGAAGAGAGUGCUUCAGAGGUUCCGAGGCGACGCAGACUGGGCUCCUUGCGGCAUGUUUGACACCGAGGACGGAGAAGGUCUUCUUAAUGGUGAAACAGCAGUCGAGGAUAUGAGGAGUAUCGGGCUCAGCGUCGUCACAGAUCAAAUGACAGUGGAUGGUGAAGGGCCUGCGGCAAAUGGCGUCUCUGGUAUCGAGGCGCAUGAUUUCGAAGCCGCGAAAAAUCCUGUAAGAGCCGUACCGCAAGAGGAGGGAGAACAUUCGCAUGCACCUGUGGCCAACGGAACUACACCAGCGGAGGCACAAACAGAUGCAGAUCAUGGCGCGAAUGGGGCAGAGUCCAGCAACGGCGUCGCCGUCACAGAUCAGUCAACGGCUGGCAAUGGACCAUCGCUGGCCCACCUCCUCAUCGAUCGUGACACCGCGGCUGCUUCGGACGCAGGCUCCAACUCGGCUACUACAAACACCCACGCUAUGACCACCCGGCGCCGAGCUCGCUCACCAUCGUCCGAAGCAGCCGCGCUCGAUCUUCCAUCUUCUCCCUCACCCAGCGAUAGCCUCUCGACGCCAGCUGUACAUCCAUGGUUCAUCGCACCCACCGCCAGUGUUUCCGAUCGGGAUCUCGGACUCCCAAAUCUCGAAGCCGAGGAAGCCCGACGGCUGCUGCUUCUCUACGUGCAAAAGCAAGAGCAGAUUGUGCGUAGUCUCGAAGGUCUAUUUCAGGGGCUGCAGAAGUCGGACAGGCUACGGCGAUUCGUGUACAAAGCGUGUAAGGCGGAUGGACAUGUCGUUCCCGAUGGCAAGGGGAACUUCGUGACGGAGAUGAGCGAUGGUGAGGAUUGGCACGAUGUAGCGGACUGGGGCAUC